AUGCCCUCUCCCCCUUCCAUCGCCCUGCCCACCAGCUACAACGACCUCCAAUGGCAACAGAUCAAGACAUCGCAUCAGCCUGCCUCGUCUCCAACGCCCACAGCCACGAUCGUCCUGACACUGUACCGCCCGGGCAAGCACAAUGCCUUCACGAACACGAUGAUGGAAGAGCUGGAGCGCGCGUUUGAGAUGUUCGAUGUUGACGAUAGGGUCAAGUGCGUUGUUGUGACUGGGCAUGGGAGGAUUUUCUGCGCGGGGGCUGAUCUGGAGAUGGGAUUCAAAACUACGAAGGGGGAGAGGAUUGAGGAUCAUCGAGAUGGCGGCGGCCGCGUCGUGCUCGCCAUCAACCGGUGCCGCAAACCCACUAUCGGCGCCAUAACCGGCAGCGCAGUCGGCGUCGGCAUCACCAUGACCCUCCCAAUGACAAUCCGAAUCGCCCUCAGUUCCGCUAAGAUAGGCUUCGUCUUCUCGCGCCGCGGUCUAGUCAUGGAAGCCUGUUCGUCGUUCUUCUUACCGCGGCUGAUUGGUCUCGCCCGCUCGCUACACGUCGUCACCACCGGCCUGACCUAUCCUGCCUCGGAUAAGGUGUGGGGUCCUCUUUUUAGUGAGACGUACGACACGCCCGAAAAGGUGUUGAGCCGGGCGCUGGAGCUAGCAGACGAAGUGACUCAGAACACGUCGAUUGUUAGCAGUUACUUGAUGCGGGAAUUGAUGUAUAGGGACAGAGGGACGGCGGAGGGACAGCAUCUCUUGGAUUCCAGGAUUCUAUACGAAUUGUUUAGCUCCGCAGAUAACGCAGAGGGCGUAAGAAGCUUCAUGGCAAAGAGGCCGGCGAAAUUCACUGGGACUAUGGAGAACAGCGCACCGCAUGCGUAUCCCUGGUGGGAGCCUGUGCAUACGACUGGGCCUCCGAAAGCGGAGCAGCAGCUUGGGAAGGCGAAGCUGUAA